AUGAUCAAAGGCUUUUUAAAGGUUUGGUGGGCGGUGCGUGCUGUAUUUACACUGGGCCUGCUCCGCCCUACAGCAGGAGAUAGAAAACUGUUUGUGGGCUAGUGGGGAGAUGAAACAAGUGGAAGGAGAUGUAGCAGACAGGCACGCAUUAACAACUCCUCCAGCAUACACACAUACACACACACACAUAUAGGAACCACAACACCUCGUCGGCUCCGCUCUCUUCCCGGUUCGGCUGUAGCAUCCUUCUCUUUCAUGGCCGCGACUCUCACGAUGAGUGGCGGCGGGCAGGAGGAGCCCUUCUACCCGCUGCAGAAGGCGCCUCUGCCCGCUGGCUUCCCCCUGGAGGACUCGGCGCUGUUCGGCUUGGACUGUAAGAUAACAGACGCGGACAAGGCUGCACAACAUGACUACGCACAGGCAAAGUGUGAGAUGGACCGGUAUCUCUCCCCUCAGCCUCUUCCCCUUCCUCCUGCUGCAGACAGCCAGCAGAAGUCACACAGAGAGUCUGCUGUGGAUCAGUUCUUCACCGAUGAUCACACCGGGGCUCCAUACACCCUCAACAUGAAUCUUUACCUCCCUGAUGUCGCCUACCUGAGGAUGGGCUUGUGUCAGCAGGCGCGGCCCCCUCAGCACCUGAACCACACAGGUCUCAUCCAAGUCAAGACAGAACCUGCCGCACCGUGUUACUCUCCUACCCUCCAGCCGCACUGCCCCAACACUACACCCACAAGUAGCUGCAGCACCUCUGGGCAUGCCCGUGGCGGUGUUGCCAUGGAAACCUCAGCCAUAAACAUGACACUAGCAGGGUUACCGGACUUCACCAGUGUUUUCAACCAGUCGGGAGGCGGUCGUGAUUCUUUGCCAGAAGUCUUUGUCAAACAGGAAAUGUCAUCACAGUUCGAGCAGCAUGCUCUCCACCACCACGACAACAGCGGCUCGCUGUUUCAGCUCCUAAACUCCGGCUUGGACCAUCACCAUGGCAAUGGUAUGGACGCCCAACAUCAGCAUCAUCACCAUCAUCAUCAGCAACAGCAGUUACAACACACUUCCACUUCCGCAAUCCACUCACCCUUCCACGAUUUGCCGGUAUCCUCCUCUGCGUCUCAGCAGGAGCAGACGGCUAAGCCGGUGUACUGUGGUCUGGGUGGCGGGGCGUACACGCAUCCUCACGCUCAGGCACACCCCCACUUCCUCCAGCAGCAGGUGCCCUACCUGCCGCCCUCACCGCCGAGCUCUGAGCCUGGCAGCCCUGACAGGCAGAAGGAGCUGCUUCAAACCAUGUCUCCUCCUCCCUCGUACGCAGCCACCAUCGCCUCCAAACUGGCAGGCAGCAGCCCUGGACUCGGCGCCGGCCCUGGGUCAGGCAGCUUAGCCCUUCCCCUCACUUCGGGUCCCACGUCGGUACCAGGCCAAGCACCAGGCCUUUCCCAAGCCCCGGGAGCAGCCUCAACCCCAACCCAAGCUCAGACCACAGUGCCUAUCCGCUACAACCGGAGGAACAACCCAGACCUGGAGAAACGACGGAUCCACCACUGUGAUUAUCCAGGCUGCAAGAAGGUCUACACCAAGUCGUCUCAUCUGAAAGCCCACCUCAGGACUCACACGGGUGAGAAGCCAUACAGGUGUACGUGGGACAGCUGUGACUGGCGUUUCGCUCGCUCCGACGAGCUGACGCGUCACUACCGGAAGCACACGGGCGCCAAACCCUUCCAGUGCGCCGUCUGCUCACGCUCCUUUUCCCGAUCCGACCAUCUCGCCCUGCACAUGAAGAGACACCAGAACUAG